CUGAGUUUGCUUGUAUCGCAGAUUGAGCAAUCUUUCAGAGUCGGAAUGCAGUGCAAGCCUACAAUUGAUUCUCGAAUCCAAAAGUAACAGACGUUUGUUUAGGUUGUCAAUAAGAGUGGUAGGUGGUGUCCGUGGUUGCUGUGCGCGAUUCAAGAGCCUCUCCGCUAAUUGCUGAAUUCUGAUGAACACACAUAAUUUUUCGUCCAGGUGGUGCGCCUCUUAUAUUGUACUUUUUAUUAGCCCAUGCACUACUUACCGGCGUGAUGGGUGUGGAGGAUAAAGAUCAAAAGCCGCAGAAUUAUGAACCAAAUAUGGAUUCAGUCGGGUUCAAUGCAGAGAGUGUGGUGGCAGGCAUGGUUGCUCCUCUGCAGGCUUUGAGAGAACUCCUCCUCUGGCCUGUAAUGUAUUCGAAAGAAGCUGCAUCCCUUGGUUUACGGUGGCCCAAAGGACUUCUUUUGUACGGACCACCUGGUACUGGUAAGACAAGCGUGGUUCAUGCUGUUGCUCGAGAAUGCAACGCUCAUUUUACGUCUCUCAGUGGUGCUUCUGUCCAUAAGGCAUUUGCUGGAGAAAGUGAGAAGGUAUUGCGGGAAGCUUUUAGUAAGGCGGCUUUAGAAGCAGCUAUUGGAAGACCAGCUAUAAUUUUCAUCGAUGAAAUAGACACCAUGUGCCCUCCUCGGGACUCUAGGCGCCAACAAGAGACAAGACUGGUUGCUCAACUUUUGACUUUGAUGGAUGGUAUUGGGUCUUCAAAAGCGGGGUUGGCCGGUACUUCUAGAGUAGUUGUCGUUGCUGCAACUAAUCGCGUUAACUCCAUUGACUCUGCUUUGAGGAGACCUGGCCGUUUUGAUCGUGAAAUAGCAGUUCCACCUCCAAACGCCCAUGAGCGGCAUGCCAUUCUUCGUCUGCAUUCACGGAAAUUCCCUCUCGACACUUCAGUGGAUCUUGUUGCAGUGGCUAAAAUGUGCAACGGGUACGUCGGUGCUGACCUACAAGCCUUGUGUCGUGAGGCUGCCAUGUCAGCGCUGUCUCACAAUGAAGGAGUGCGGCCUGUAGAAAUGAAGGACUUCGAAGAGGCUCAUAAGAGAGUCGGAGCUAGCAUUGUGCGAGGUUCAGUCGCAGAGGUUCCUGAGGUAUCCUGGGACGAUAUCGGUGGACUGCAUGAAGUCAAGAAAAGACUACAGCAGGCUGUGGAAUGGCCAAUUAAGCAUGUUGAUGCGCUUACAAGACUCGGGAUCAGACCUGCUCGAGGGGUCCUUCUUCACGGCCCACCUGGUUGCUCCAAAACUACUCUUGCCAAAGCUGCUGCUCAUUCCUCUCAAGCAACCCUUUUCUCUCUCAGUGGCGCAGAUUUGUAUUCCAUGUACGUUGGUGAGGGUGAAGCUCUAUUGCGCGAUACAUUUCGACAAGCCCGACUUGCAGCUCCUAGUAUUAUUUUCUUUGAUGAAGCUGAUGCAGUCGCUUCGAGAAGGGGAAUUGGCGAAAAUGGAAGCUCGGGGGGUGGGAAUGACACAUCAGUAGGGGAGAAGUUACUCUCCACGUUGCUCACAGAGAUGGACGGACUUGAACUCGCACAGGGUGUGCUUGUUCUGGCAGCCACCAAUCGACCACAGGCAAUUGACGCUGCCUUGAUGCGACCAGGACGCUUUGACUCUGUGCUCUACGUUCCACCUCCAGACAAAGAGAGCAGGUUGGAAAUCUUACGCGUCCACACGAGAAGCAACGCUCUUGCGGAUGACGUCGAUUUGAAUGGAGUGGCUGACGAUACAGAGUGUUUUACUGGUGCUGAGCUUGCCGGUCUUUGUAGGGAGGCAGUAAUGGCUGCUUUGCGGGAGAGCUUGGCUAAUAACACGGAUUCAAAUAUGGUUUGUAAACGCCAUUUUGAUAGUGCUAGAAAUGGGACAAGUGCUAGUUUGUCUCCCCUUCAGAUUGCAAGCUAUGCCAAUUUUAAGGCAAAGAAAUGAAGUUAACGGCUUUUUGCAGGCGUGUGAA